UCCCUGCCCGCCCGGGCAGGGAGACAAAGCGGGCAGCGGAGGCCGCGGCUUCCCGCCCCGCGGAGCGGCGGCACCGGAGGGGGGAGAGGCCCUAAGAUGGAGGGGGGAGGAGCCGCGGGGCGCUAACGGCGGGAGAGCCCGCGCCGGGGGCGGGGAGCCGCCCCGAGGUGGCCGGAGCGGGGCACGGCGGCGGCGGCCCCGCCGGCAGCGUUUCGCCGCCCGCCUCGGCCCGCAGGCGGCGGCGGGGCUCCGCGAGGUUCCCCCUUCCCGCCGCCUCCCCGCAGGGCGAGUGCGGGUCGCCGCGGCGGAGAGGAGCCCUGCGCGGAGGCCGGAGCGCGGCUGCCCCGCUGCCUCCGCGGGAGCUGAGGUAAUGGCCGAAGGUGGCCGAAGGGAGCCGGCUGGAGGCCCGCAGCUCUGACCUGCCCCGCAGCCUCCGCCGUGGCCCGGCCGGCGGGAUGGGCAACGGCGGCUCGGCCGUGAAGGUCUGCGCCGACCACCAAGGAGGCAUCAACUGGCUGAGCCUGAGCCCCGACGGGCAGCGGCUGCUGACGGGCAGCGAGGACGGCACCGCGCGCCUCUGGAGCACCGCCGACAGCCAGUGCCACGGCCACUUUCAAGGACAUGAAAGUUACAUCACCUUUUGCCACUUAGAAAAUGAGGCUGCCUUCACGUGUAGUGCAGAUCAUACCAUUCGGAAGUGGGACGUGAUGACAGGCCAGUGCCUGGCCAUUUACCGAGGGCACACGUCGAUUGUUAACAGGAUCCUAGUUGCCAAAGACUAUCUCUUUAGUGGCUCCUAUGACAGGACAGCCCGCUGUUGGAGUGUGGACAAGGAGAAACAAAUCCAGGAAUUCCGGGGCCAUCGGAACUGCGUCCUGACUCUAGCUCACUAUUCUUCCAAGGAUGUUCUUGAAGAGGAGGAGGAGGAGGAGGAAGAGGAGGAGAAAGUGAGCAGAGACCUCCUGGUGACAGGUAGCACAGACUGCACUGUUAAGGUCUGGUGGGUGUCUAGUGGGCGCUGUUACCAGACUCUGCUGGGACACACUGGAGCUGUCUUAUGCCUUAUACUUGACGCACCAAACAGGGAGCUGUUUUCUGGCAGCACGGAUUACACCAUUCGAACGUGGAAUAUUGUCACUGGUGAGCAGUUGAAAGUGUUUAAAGAACAUCAAGGAUCAGUGAUUUGUCUAGAGCUAGUGAAUCGGCACUUGUAUUCAGGAAGCGCGGACAGGACAGUGAAGUGCUGGUUAGUAGACACUGGGGAGCGAAUCCAAACGUACAAGGCUCACAAACACAGCGUUAGCACUUUGAAAUACCACGCUGGGAUCUUGUUCACAGGAAGCGGUGAUGCCUGCGCGAGAGCUUUCAAUUCCAAGAGCGGUGUCCUGCAGAAGAUCUUCCGAGGACACAAGUUCAUCAUCAACUGCAUCCAGAUUCACAAUGAGUUGUUGUACACAGCUUCCCAUGAUGGCACACUAAGGAUUUGGGACAUCCGGGGAAUAUGCAAGAGAAAUAAGCGCCGUUUGAAGAAGGAGAGGUCCGCCCAGGGCCGGAGCUCUCAAAAGGGAAGUCUGUCUCGUCUUUUCAACAACAAAGUCGGCUGUAUAGUACAGCAAGAAAAUGGGGAACCUGAGGCUGUUGAACUAAUGUGACUGGCCAGGACAGACUUUCCAUCAGUGACCAAAGCUGAACCUUUUGUCUUCUGUGCUACUGUACAAAUAAGCCAGAACUUGGAAGGAGAGGGAAAAUGGCAUUGCUUGAACCUCUUUUCAGGAGCCAGGCUUCUAUGUGACCAUGAGACAGACUCAAGUCAGACUGUCACUCCUGAUGGCUCUUAGCAGAUAGUUCAGCAGUACUGGGGUCAGGAGGGACUGCAGUGUGGUUCAGGUGUGUGUGGGUGUGUGUGUGUGUGUGUGUGUGUGUAAUUAGGAACUUAUUUAAGACUGUGUGUGGGUUUUUUUGUUUUUUCAAUUUCCUCUGGCACAGAUGUGUUUCACAUCUCUGCCUGGCUAGUAUCUGAUGAGAGAUGUUUUCUCCUGUUCCUGUUGCCUGCUCACGUGCCCUCUGUUCAGCUGAAUGUAGAAUUGAAAGCUGCUUUGCAGCGUGACUCUGAAUUCCAUAGUCACAGCUCACCUUUGGGUCAGUCUUUGCUGAUCAGACCAACUCAUGCAGGAUGGUGUGGCUCAGCAGGAAGAAGUUCAAAGCAGACCCAACAACUCUCUGGGAAGUUGGGAGUAAUGGGACAGAAAUUAUUUUUUUUUUAAACAAAACAUAAGCUAGAGAACAAUUUAAACCUCAGGCCUUUUGUAUCAAGGUUGACAGUUUGCCAAGGCACAGCAAGCUGUCCUCUUCCCAACAAACUAGCCGGUUCUUCUCUUACCUUUUAAGAUUCCACACUUCAGCAAAAGCAGCAUCAACGGCUUCGCGUGUAUCUUCUAUGCUGCUGGGGUGUGUGCUACCAGCUGUCUGUUUGUCCCAGGCACAGGUCACAGAGAGGGGAAUGCUGGGGGGGUCCCCUGAAGGAUGGCAAGAUGUGGAAGCUGACCAUAUAUUUUUCUGUUUGCAGAGACAUCUCUUUGUAGCAUCACUGCAGAAUAUCUAACCACAUGUUUUUAUUUUUAUGGCUUUAUUUAUUCUGUACUACAGCAGAUAAAAAUGCUGUAAUACCUUUUUGGAAUGGAAUAAUAAACAUGUGGCAUCUACAGGUUGUUAACGAUCUAGUUUUUAUUUUCUUCUUGUACAGAGGGGAUUUGGCUGGCUGCAGAUGCACAGCAGUUAAGAAUGGAUGGAAUAUGGAAAAAAAUAAACAUACACUUUUGGAAAUA